CCUCUUUGAACCGGUACCGCCACAAAGUCGUCCUCGUACCAGGGUUGUCUUCGGUUUCUCCCGCCUAUCGUGCAAGGCGAGAUUGAGGAUCGUAGGUACCUUGGCAACCAGUUGAAAACUCAAUCCGUUCCGGCGAGUCAGGUUUCUAAAUCAGGUUCGUCUGCCUCCUAGGUUCUAUUCAGGGUUGCGCACCUGCCAGUCCACAUUACGAAUAUGAAUGUUUAUAACUCGAAUAGCUCACUUUUUGAAUUUCACGUUACAGUCCAGGUUACAUCGAACUCGCUUGGCUGGCUUGAACCUGAUCAGAUUCACCGUGAUCAGGCAGGCAAUUUUCACAUCGAUCUACUCCGCCAUCUUCGCUUUGGUCACCAGGCUCCGUUUGCACAGCAGCAUGUCCACCACAUUUAUCCCUUCCCUCACUUAUGUCCGAAGGUGUCUUAAUCAGCAUGUGAAUGGGAAACUUGCUCUUUGGAAUUUUUGUGUCGAUAUUACCUUCUGUGGCUGUUUGGCUCUUCUACUCUACUCUUUGGCAGGGUUUGAUCUUGACGGCGGAACUGUUCUCGAGGGCGGAAGUGUCGACGACGGAAACGUCUCCGGACCUGUUGUCAAGAGCGCGGAUUCUCCCCGUACUAUUUCCAAAACUGCGCAAGCCCAGAACAUUUAUACAGAUGUCGGCUCCGCGGUUGAUGGGUAUGUUUCGAUAGAAGGUGGGAUUCAUGCGUUCACACCGACUGCACCCGUGCCCGAAGCUCUAUCCAUCACUUCCCUUCCCACGAUUACUGGUCACUCUCAUGCUCAUGCCUCUCAAGAUUCUCAUUCAUUAUAUGACUUCUACGACCAUAUACAUCUCCUUGAUCUGGAUUUUCUAUUCAAUACAAACGACUUGGGCAACGGAGAUUCAGCGUUGGCUCCGACGAGCACCAUGGUCAUGUCAGAAGUUUGAUGUUACCCACGAACAAGUUCAACUCCGCGAAUUCGGUGGAAGGACACUGGGGCUGUUUGGAAUAUAUUUAUAACGUAUUUUUUUUCACCCUGUAAUGACAUACAGGUUUUGUUUCUACGCAGGUUGGCUGCUUUUAUUAGCACAACUGAAACUGUAUGUGUUGUUGCACAAUACUUCGAGUUCUUUCUCUGCCUCAUACUUCUUUUACAUUGCACCCGCCUUCGGUUCGCCCCCAUGUUACAGACCCAUCAUGCUGGUAGAUAGCUACUGUUUAGAAUUAAAAAGUAUACUUGGAAUAUUUUUGUAGGCUGUGGACUUAUAUACGUACAGCGUCCGAU